AUGGAUGGCGGUAAACCGUGGGCUCUCAUUUCCGAAGUGGGCGAGCAGGGCAUCCUGGAGUCGACUGUGGAUCUCCUGAGCAAACACUUUCGGCUGAUCCCCAACCGGGACUUCCUGCGGGACUCCCGAAUGCACGGCCACAAAAUCCAGGUGAUGUUCAUGUGGAAUCAAGACCCGCAGGCCACGCCGGCGCUGCUCAGCUCGCUCCCGGCCCUCAAGUUGAUCGCCAGCGGUGGGGCGGGCACCGACCACCUGGACCUGCCCUACAUCACCAGCCGGGGGGUGAAGGUGUCCAACACGCCCGGGGUGGUCAGCGACUGCACUGCGGACAUGGCCAUGGGGCUGCUGCUUGCAUCGGCACGGAGCAUUGUUGAAGGUCAUCAACUUAUAACGCACCCCGAGACCACCUGCUUACCUCAAUGGAUGGGAGGCGUGGAGGUCUCGGGGUCAACUCUGGGGAUGAUCGGAAUGGGAAAAAUUGGAGAGAAGAUCGCUCAGCGCGCCAAAGGAUUUGACAUGAUCGUUCUGUAUCACAACAGAAACAGAAGAAGCGAGAUGGAACAGGCGGUGGCGGCGAGUUACUGCCAGAACAUGGAUGACCUGCUGAGGUCCUCUGACUUUGUCAUGCUGGCCGUCUGCCUGACACCCGACACCACCAGUCUCAUUAGCACCCGUGAACUGGGUCUCAUGAAGCCAUCAGCAACACUGAUCAACAUCAGCAGAGGCCCUGUGGUGGACCAGGACGCUUUGGUUGACACUCUGCAGGCUAGGACCAUACGAGGCGCUGCCUUGGAUGUGACUUAUCCGGAACCUCUACCAAGGGACCAUCCUCUCCUUGGCCUUCCCAAUGUGCUGAUCACUCCUCAUGUUGGCACCAGCACCAUCAACACAAUGAGAAAGAUGGUGCAGAAGAUGGCAGAAAAUGCCUUGGCCGCUAUUAAAGGAGAAUCUAUCCCUGAUGAAAUGCAGAUGAGGCACAACAUUGCCUACAUUCAACAACCUAGACGGACUACUGCGCAUUCUUUUCACGAAUGUGGCAUGCUGGGUUACAAUUCCAGUGUCCACUCUCGCGUUAAGACACGGUUCACUUCCGUUGUCGACACCCUUGUGGGCGCGACAUAG